CGGAAGCCCUCCCGCAGCUCGCCGAUGCUUUUCAUUCAACGAAAACUUCUCUCUCGUUUCCCUUCUCCUUCUGGAACUACGAUUCACCUUCGCGUUCCUGUCAUGGUUUUAUGAAUAUCUCUUCAGUAUUUCCCAAACCCUAGUUCCCCCCCUUCGUGUUCUUCCCGUAUAUGGCCUCACCCUUGCCCGCAUAUCCAUUCUGACUGAAAUUGACGGAAUCGGUGAGGAUCUCGCUGUAAUACCGUCGGGAUCUUGCAGAUCUGCCUUUGAUUUAGAAAGAGUUGUGUUGUGUCUAUCACUGAAUUCUGUGCUUAAAAAUUCUAUCUCUUGAUGGAUAAUGACCAUUCCGAUGGAUAAUAGUGUUGACCAUUUGUCUCUAGAGCGUGCUCAACGCCUCCUUGAAAAGAAUGUUGAAUUAAAUAUUCAGCUUAGGAAAGCAGCAAGGGACAGAACUCCUUCUGACCAUAAUGCACGGCAACAAAUGCGUCCUUUUCAGAAUGUUGAAUUAGAGAAUAAGCUUAAGAAAGCAGCACAGGACAGAGCUCCUGACCAUAAUGCAUGGCAACACAUGCGUGAAAACUAUGAAGCAAUUAUCCUUGAGAAUCAUGCUUUUUCUAAGCGCCACGAAAUAGAGCAUAAAUUGUGGCAGUUGCAUCACAGGAGAAUCGAGGAAUUGCGUGCAUGCUUGAAUGCUGCUUUAUCUGCUCUGGGACCUGCCAAAUCUGAAAAUGGUAAAGGUCUUGUGCGAGGUGGCCAGGGCCCUGAUCAGGUCACAAAGAUUCGCAUGGAAUUUAAGAUGUUCCUGUCAGAAGCAACAGGAUUUUACCAUGACUUGAUGUUGAAAAUCAGGGCAAAAUAUGGCCUUCCACUAGGAUAUUUUUCUGAUGAUCCUGAAAAUAAAAUUAUGUCAUCUAAAGAUGGAAGCAAUUCUGCUGACAUGAAGAACUGCAGAAUAUCCUGCCACCAAUGUCUUAUUUAUCUUGGUGAUCUUGCUCGUUACAAAAGUUUGUAUGGAGAAGGUGAUUCUAAAGCCCUGGACUUUUCAGCUGCAUCAAGCUAUUACAUGCAAGCUUCUUCUCUUUGGCCUGCAAGUGGAAGUCCUCAUCACCAGCUUGCUAUCUUGGCUAACUACUGUGGUGAUGAAUUGGUUGCAACCUAUAGAUAUUUUCGAAGUCUUUCUGCUGAGAUCCCGGUUCUCAACACUGCCAGGGACAAUUUGAUUAUUGCAUUUGAGAGGAAUCGCCAGAAGUACUUACAGCUUUUGCACGAUGCUAGAUCCACCGUCAAGGCCCCUCUAGUACGAGGGGCUGUGAAAGGAAGAGGUAAGGGCGACCCAAGGCUUCCACAAAAAGAAGAAAUAGCUGAUCCUCAUCCUGCAAAGGUUCGAGCAUCAAGUUUAAAUGAUGUGUUCAAAGUUUUCAGCACAAGAUUUGUCCGGUUAAAUGGGAUUUUAUUUACGCGCACGAGCUUGGAGACAUUUGGAGAAGUCCUCUCUGUGGUUAAAAGUGACUUACUUGAGCUUCUUUGUUCUGGACCGGACGAGAAGUGCAGUUUUGGUUUGGAUGAUGCUGAAUGCAGGCUUGCAGUGGUUAGGCUUGUUGCUAUCCUCAUAUUCACAGUGUACAAUGUGAAUCGGGAAGCUGAAAACCAAUCAUAUGCUGAGAUUCUUCAGCGCCCUGUUCUUUUACAGAAUGCAUAUACUGCUGUUUUUGAGUUCAUGGGCCAUGUGGUUGAGAGGUGUGGUCAGCUAAAUGAACCAGCAGCAAGCUACCUACUGCCAGGUAUUAUGGUUUUUGUAGAAUGGUUAGCCUGCCAUGAAGAUAUUGCAGUAGGUAAUGAGCCAGGAGAAACACAAGCAAAAGCUAGAUCUUUUUUCUGGAGCAACUGUGUCACAUUUUUAAAUAAGUUACUGUCCAGUGGGUCAAAGUUCAUAGAUGAGGAUGAGGAUGAGACAUGUUUCUUCAAAAUGAGCAAGUAUGAUGAAGCUGAGACUGGUAAUUGUCUUGCAUUGCCUGAGGACUUUGAACUUAGAGGAUUUCUUCCUCUUGUUCCUGCACAGCUUAUACUUGACUUCUCAAGAUCGUAUUCAUUGGGUGGUGAUGGUGGUAGUAAAGGAAGGAAAGUGAGGAUCCAGAGGCUUGUUGCAGCUGGGAAGGCUCUUGCUAAUGUGGUUAGGGUAGGGCAGUAUGGAGUCUACUUCGACACAAAGUCAAGGAAGUUUGUUAUUGGCUCUAAGACAAAAAUGUCUGAUGAUUAUUGGCCAGCUAAUACCUCAGAAAUUUCAAAAGCGGUUGAAAACAAACUGGAGGACCCAAUUCCUGUGGUUGGUGCAUUGCCACCUAAUAAUCAGGCUUGCACCCAAGGUGGAGAAGAAGAUGAAGAUGAGGUGAUUGUGUUCCAGCCAGCCAUAAGUGAAAAUCUCACAGAUGGGUUGAUUCCAAAUAUGACUACAGCACAUACUCCUGUAUCUCUCGGUGCUAAUGCUGGCAUUAAUACAGGAUCUGUUUUGUCAUCUGGUUUUGAUAGACUCCUGCAAAGUGGUUUUAAUCCUAUUCCUUCAUGUGAUGCCAAUAGUGAUGCCCAACAUGUGUCAUUCAACCAAUCAAAUUGUGACAUGUGGUCAUUGGGACAAAGUGGCUUCUCCAAUGGUUUGGCAAAUUUAAAUUUAAAGGAAAAUGGGUGUACUAAACUUGACCUGCAAGAUUAUUCUCGAGUAACCCAAGAUGCUGCAUAUUCAGUGCCUUUUCCACAAUCUAUCAGUUUUACAAGUGCUGAUGAUAGUAAUAACAUUAAUAAUCCCGUCCAGCUUUUCGAGGGUUAUCUAGAAACCAAGUUAAAUUCAAUUCCAGUUCCUGGUUUGGACUGUACAUCAUCGAGGCCAGUGUCAAUUGCCUCAACAGGCACAAAGAAAAAUCCAGUGACUCGUCCUAUUAGACACUUGGGCCCACCUCCUGGUUUUGGUUCAGUUGCUUUUAAAGCAACUGACGACUCAUCCUCAGCUAUGAGCUUGAAUUAUGAACAUACACACACUCCUAUUGAUGACUAUAGGUGGCUUGAUGGCUAUCAGUUACCUUCAACUAUCCCAGAUAUAGGACUCAACAGUUCUAUCAUUGACCAUUCAAUGCAUCAAUAUCAUCUUGCUAACAAUAGCAACAGUAACUCUAUGGGCAUGGUUGGCUUUCCCUUCCCUGGUAAACAAUUGCCAUCAAUGUAUCCCCAGACGGAAAACAAAAAUGGCUGGCCAGACUUGCAAAUGUCCGAGCAAAUGAAAAUGUACCAGGAACAACAUCAGCAACAACUUCGGAGAGGAAAUCAACAGACUGCAGCAUUGCCCCAGCAGUAUCAGGAACAGUCUCUGUGGGAAGGUGGUCGUUUCUUCGUGUGAGGCGAAUAUUGGAUUUUAGAUGUUGCUAUGAAGUUCGGCCAUCAUGUUAGCAGUUUGGAUUGUGUUACUAAAAGUUUUUUAUGCUGCAUGGAUGGUCUUGGAUUGUUGCGGGCACUUGCUGUGGAAGAGCUGGUGCCUAGCUUUCCAGACUUGGUGAAUGGAGGUUGUGGCAUUAACCAAUAGGGGUACAAGAAUUGGUAACCGAGCCACUAUGUAUAGUUCAAUUUCUUAUGGUAUCAAUACUUUUAUGGUUCAAAGCUGGAAGCGAAUUGAAAUGGAAGGGAAGUUUGGGCAAACGUAGCUGCUUCUGCAGCUUAUAAUAAGGUUUGCUGCCUCAAGGAUGCGUGGUUACGGGUAGAGGGGAGAACGGUACAGCGCACUGUCUGGUGGUUCUCGCGCCUCAGGUCUGCUUUCAUAUAGUACAAUGACAUCCUUCGUACCAAAAAAAAAAAGAUUAUGUGAAGGAUUUAAGGAAAACAAAAAAGUAAAAUCAUGGCUAUAGCUAUGAUUUUCGGUGGGGAAAAUAAAAACGGAGUACACCGUUACACACUCCUUAUGCAUUUUGUUUCUACUUUUUACUGGUUUGGGAUAUUGCCUUGUUUGCACUGUACUAUUGUUUUUCAAUAUUUGAAGACUCGUGUUCUUGUUGGUGUUUACCAUACGGGUCGAGUAUUAUAUUUGCAGCUUCUCUUUAAUUUGCUAUGUCUACUCUUAGU